AUGGCCGGCGUGCGGCACGAUGCAGCUGUCGAAACCGCGAAGAAAAGCUUGGAGUCUAUUGUGGAGGAGCUGGCCCCGCCCAACGCAUCCACAGAGGUGCUUGCGAAAAUCCGCAGCUACCUGCAGCAGCACCCUGUCGACACGCUCAUCCUGAACACCGAAGUGCAGAUCACCCACAUCGAGAACUCCGAAACCGGCGUCGAGGAGCGCGUGCACCUGAGCCCAAUGGACAUCAAGGACGCACUGAAGCAGGCACAGCUGCGGAACAUGAACCUUGUUCGAAUGGGUGCCCGCGGCGACGACCUCGCCUACUGCCGCAUCCGCCGGGAGCGGCCAUGGGUGUGGAAGCUCGUGCAGCCCGAGAUGGACCUCGUGAACGGGCUGACCGGCACCCCAGCGACGGAUGCUGCCGUAGCGGCGCAGAAACAGGCGCAGCAGGUGCGCGAUGCCUGCAGCGGGGACGGUCAGUCCAACCACCUGCGCCAGUACGUGGGAAAAACAAAGGAACUGGUCGAUCACGUCUUUCGCGACGCUGUCGACGCACACUUCAUCGGCUGGCGCAGCAAGAAGAUCGCCCAGGACAUCCGCAAGGGACACCCCGUAAAGUUGACCAUCCGCGAUUUCCAGAACCCAGAGGCGGCCGUGCACAAGCUGCGUGAGAUGAGCAACGCGGUGAGGAAAUACGCGGAGGAGCAGCACAUCUUCCACCACUUCACCAGCAUCGUCGCGAACGAUCGGGAGGCCAGCCUCACCCUGUCGCCGCCGACAGCGAACAAGUCUGGGACCAUUUCCAAGACGGUGAAGCACCCGUCCGAAAAGGAGUGGACACACACGCUCAAGAAGAUGGAGGACGCGUGCCGGAAGGCGGGGCGGAGCGGGACCUACGUGAAGUCGAACAAGCUGAAGAUGCGUAACGUGGGGGCCACGACGUACCGUGUGGACAAGUAUGGCCGCCGCAUUGACUAG